GCAGACUCCGACUUGAACCGUACAUAUGCGAAAGAAGCCGAGCUGAAUCGUAGCCGUCCGGAACAUCCGGCUGUAGCUUCUCAACAUAAACAGCAAUGGCGGAGGCAGCAGCAGCGUCUACGGCGGCUACCCCAGUAACAGGAGGUUGGACCAAACACGUAACCUGCAGAUAUUUCAUGCACGGUCUUUGCAAAGAAGGAGACAACUGUCGAUAUUCACACGAUCUGACCAGCAGCAAACCUGCAGCCAUGAUUUGCAAGUUCUUCCAGAAGGGAAACUGUGUGUUUGGGGACCGUUGCAGGUUUGAACACUGUAAACCGGCAAAGAACGAGGAGUUGCCACCCCCCCAGACGCUGCCGCUGCCCUCUGUCUCGCUGGCUGCCUCGUCAGACCCAGAACCCAGUGGGCCAACACCUGGUUCAGGGGCACAAGAUUGGGUCAAUGCUGCGGAGUUUGUUCCGGGACAGCCGUACUGUGGACGGGCUGAGCCAGUGAAGGGGGAGAGCUCCGUCCCUCUCAUUGAGGAGUUUGACAGCGAGGCAUCGCAGGACAAAGAAGAGUUGAGGAAGCAGCUCUGUCCGUACGCAGCUGUUGGAGAGUGCCGCUAUGGAAUCAACUGUGCCUAUCUCCACGGCGACGUGUGUGACAUGUGCGGCCUCCAGGUGCUCCACCCCACUGACAACGCCCAGCGCUCGGAGCACACCAAGGCAUGCAUCGAGGCCCAUGAGAAAGACAUGGAGAUUUCAUUUGCCAUCCAACGCAGCAAGGACAUGAUGUGCGGUGUGUGUAUGGAGGUGGUGUUUGAGAAGGCCAACCCAAGCGAGCGCCGUUUUGGCAUCCUCUCCAACUGCUGCCACUGCUACUGUCUAAAGUGCAUUCGCAAGUGGAGGAGUGCCAAGCAGUUUGAGAGCAAAAUCAUCAAGUCUUGUCCAGAGUGUCGAAUCACAUCCAACUUUGUCAUCCCGAGCGAGUACUGGGUGGAGGAUAAGGAGGACAAGCAGAAACUCAUCCAGAAAUACAAGGAUGGCAUGGGGACGAAACCGUGUCGAUACUUUGACCAGGGCCGUGGAACAUGUCCUUUUGGCUCAAAUUGCUUCUACAAGCACGCCUUUCCUGAUGGUCGGCUGGAGGAAGCUCAGCCUCAGCGAAGACAGACUGGCUCCAACAGCAGGAAUCGGAGCUCAAGGCGAACGCCGCUGUGGGACAUCUUCGACGAGAGGGAAAGCAGCGACUCGUUUGACAACGAGGACGAGGAGAUGGUGACGUUUGAGCUGAGUGAGAUGCUGCUGAUGCUGCUGGCCGCAGGAACCGACGACGAGGUGACAGACUCAGAGGAUGAGUGGGACUUGUUUCACGAGGAGCUGGACGAUUUCUAUGAGAUUUACCUAUAGCAGCCCCCUCGCCAAUCCCCCCCUCCCCCCUCCCCACCCCCGUGUAUACUACACACUAGAAUGGACUGUCUUGUGCGAGUGAUGGACAGUAGCUCCCUCCCCCACCCGCACUCCCCUUGUAUUGUGGCAGUGCCUUUAAGCAGGCCAUUACUAAAUGAACUUAUAAAAGGAAAACAAAAGACAAAAAAAAUUCUAGUACAAGUCAGUGCGCUCGUGCUAAACAUUUUCUAGACUUCUAUCCUCGUGGGUCUUUCUUGUGCGGUUCAUGUUGAAAGGAAAAACAGUAAAAUCAUAAAAAGAACUCGAUAUAAGAUUUAACUACAAAAAUUAUAACUUUCUUCAAAUAAUGCUAAUAAACAUUGUCAAGUUUAUUUUGUGGGUGUGGGUUUGACUGGUUUAUCGUCUACCCAGGUGUUAAUACGUACUUCUGAGACUCUGAGGAUGCACUCCGACUUACUCAGCACCAUAUACUGUAAUCGUGAUGGGCAUGUUGUAAGAUUUUACUUCAUCUUUUUCAAUUUUUUUUUUUUUUCCCCUUUAUUAAAGCUGCUGAUAGCCAAUAUAUUGUGCUGAUGUUUAAAUACAUUUACCAUAAUCAUUUUCAUGUUGUACUGAAAAAGUAUUCACUGUGGCCACUUUGUUUUCUUCAGGGUUACAAAAAGUCUUUGAUGAGGCAUUCAGAUCAUAAUGGGACACAGACUGUCCAUCAAAGCCCAAACAAUGAAACUCUAAGGUUUGUGGCUGAUUUUAAAAGCAGGAUGACCACUAGGCCUGAUCCUCAGUAGCCAUCUUUUGUCAUUUUCAGUGACCGAGCAGCUCAUAAAAUGUGUUACGCAAUCAAUGUUUAUUGUAUUUCAAUAAGGUUAACAAAGGCUGAUCUACAACAACAGGGUUUGAACUGAAAAUGAUCGGACCUACUGAUUUGAUCCCAGAGAGUGCUGCUCAGUGCUGCCACUGGUGGCUGGAAGCUGUAUUACAGCUAUACUACUGAACACAAUGGUACUCCCCCUUUCCACAUCUUCCAGCCACCAGCGGCAGCACGGAGCACAUGCAGUCUUCAGUAACACAUUUUAUUGCCUGCUCAGGGACUCAGUUGUCGUGAGUGAGGAUGCUUAUACGUUGUAUGACAGGUCCUGGGUCAGGGCUAGGGGAAAACAUCCUGUGUGACCCCCCCCCCCCCCCUUCCUGUCUCUCACACAGAGACACACACAGACACACCUGUCGCCUAUUGAAGUAGUCUGGGAAACAUUCUGCCUUUUUAAAUGAAGAAUGAAUUUAUUGUGCAAUUAAUGUGAAAUGUUACGUCAGGUUUUCCAGAUACUUUCUGUGAUAGAACUACAUGUGGUCCAAUUGGCUCCAUAUAUCGGUAUGACUGCUACGUCAGUCAGAGACAAAAUAAAGAACUUUAUUUAAACUUUUAUUUUAAUUUUUUUUUUUUCUCCUGUCCCAUCCUGAAUCUCAGCAUCAGGGACACCUGUUGUACCUCAGAUCCAGGCUAUAGAGUCCACCCUGUAACUCCUCAGCAGACUUGCAGUGCAGAGAAUCUUGGAGCUGAGACUGAGGCUUUAAAUUGACCACAACACCAGUGCGAAGUGUAGAUUCACUGCUCUCUGUUGGCUUCACUGAGUAAUGCUUUGCUGCCGAGACAACCUGUUAAACUCCGUUGGAAUGCAUAUGUUUAUACUGAAAUGUGUGUUUUCUAUGUUCCACAGCCAUCCAUCUUAACUUGAAAUUAAAAGUUUAUUAUCAACCUCU